CACGCGCAGCAAUGGACACGCCUCUCAGCCGCGCCCAGGGGUGGGGGUGAGGGCUCCGCCCUCAGAAAUCGGCGCAUGCGCGUUAGAGGAGCACCACGCCCAGGUGAAGGGACCCUCCCCCAGCAGCUGCCAUGGGUUCUGUGCUUUCCCUCCCCGCCGGCAGCGCUGCCCCGAGGCAGAGGAAGGCAGCUGAGGAGGAGGAUGACGAUUUACUUGACAGCCAGGACCGUGUGGAAGACAUUGCCGAGUUCCCCUACGUGGAAUUCACAGGCCAGGACAGCAUCACCUGUCCCACGUGCCAAGGCACUGGCUGCAUCCCCACAGAGCAGGUGAAUGAGUUGGUGGCUCUGAUCCCCUACAGCGACCAACGGCUUCGUCCCCAGAGAACGAAGCUCUACGUCCUGCUCUCGGUGCUGCUCUGCCUCCUGGUCUCCGGGCUGGUGGUUUUCUUCCUCUUCCCACACUCGGUCCUGGUGGAGGACGAUGGGAUCAAAGUGGUUCAGGUGUGGUUUAACAGGAAGAACUCCGCUGUCCUUCUGGCCAUCACGGCCACCUUAAGGAUCAGGAACUCCAACUUCUACUCGGUGGCAGUGGCCAGCCUGACCAGCCAGGUGCAGUACAUGAACACGGUGGUGGGCACCCAGCAGGUCACCAACGUCUCCAGCAUCCCGCCCCUGAGUGACAAACUGGUGAAUUUUACUGUGAAGGCAGAGCUGGGUGGAGCCUUCUCCUACGUGUAUUCCUUCUGCACAUACCCCAAGGUGAAGGUCCAUAACAUCGUGGUCUUCAUGAGGUAGGUGGUUCUC